AGCGUCCAACGGCUGGCCACCUACGUUGGAAGCGUUUGGCCUCACUCCCCUUGCUCUCUCUCUCUCUCCGCUUCGGUUUUUUCAUAGCGUUAUCGUGUUCGUUGUAUUUGCUGGAUAAUUCCUGAAAUUAUCCCAUCAACUUUAUUACCGCAGUGUAGACGAUCUGCCUUUUUUCCUCCAAAUGUCGACAGUCACUGUAAGUGGCAAAGAAGACGUGACGAUGGUUAACGCACCAACAAAGACAAAAGAUGGACACGGAGCCCAAGAGUCCAAUGGGAAAGUGGAGGACGGGGAUGAGAACAACGCCGGGGACGCCAAGACGAGUGGCAAGCGCAAGGCCUCCGGGCAGGGCACCCCCCGCAAGAAGCAGAAGAAGAACAGCCCAAUGACGCCCAAGAUGGUGCAGCCCAAGAACGCGCUGAUGCAGCUGAACGAGCUCAAGCCGGGCCUCAAGUACUCGGUGGAGUCGCAGGAGGGCCCCGCCCACCAGCCCAGCUUCGUGGUCUCAGUGGACGUGGACGGCCAGACCUUCACGGGCCGGGGCCAGUCCAAGCAGCUGGCCAAGCACGCGGCCGCCCAGGCGGCCCUCAAGUCGUUCGUCCAGUUCCGCAACAUGCCGGAGGCCUUCUGGGCCAUGAGCCGGAAGGUGACCAGCGCUGACUUCACCAGCGACGAGGUGGAGCAAGAGGAGGGCACGGGCAUCUUCAGCAAGUUCUCUUCGGGGGCGGCGGCCAUCGCGGAGUUCCACCGGGACCAGCUGAAGCGGUUCUCGGCGGACGGCGAGGACGACUCGCCCGGCGGCGCCUCGGCCAAGAAAGCGUCGAGGGCCGCCGAGGAGGCGGACAAGAAGAACCCUGUGAUGCUGCUGAACGAGCUGCAGCCGGGCCUGGAGUACACUCUGGUGGCAGAGAACGCGGCGGUUCCCACCCAGCGGUUCACCAUGGCAGUGACGGUGGCCAACGGGGACGUGUAUGAGGGCUGCGGCUCUAACAAACGGCUCGCCAAGGCGGCAGCGGCCCGCUCUGCCCUGCUCAAGCUCUACAACAUCAUGGCCAACCCGUCCGGGGUGGUGCACUGCGGGGAGACCGGGGUCAAGGUGGGCACCCUGGCCCAGGCAUUGGCGGACCGGCUUGGUGGACGGGUCAACGAGGCCCUGCAGAAGGUGAUGGCGGACCGGGCGGAGAGUGCCAAGUGGAAGGUGCUGGCUGGCAUAGUGAUGACCCAGGGAGAUCUGGAGGACGGGGAGGUGAAGGUGGUGACGGUGGCCACCGGCACCAAGUGCAUCAACGGAGAGUACAUCAGCAUGAACGGGGCAGUGCUCCAGGACUGCCACGCCGAGGUGGUGUCCAGGCGCUGCUUCAAGGACUUCCUUUACGGCCAGCUGGAGCUCUGGCAGAAAGGCCGGGGCCAGGAGAGCGUGCUCGAGGAGCGCCAGGGCGGCAGGGGCUUCCGCAUCAAGCCGGGCAUCAAGUUCCACCUGUACAUCAGCACAUCCCCGUGCGGGGACGGCCGCAUCUUCUCGCCCCACGAGCUGCUGGACAGCGCCGAGCCACUCCCAGCCGACAGGCACCCCAACCGCCGGGUGCGAGGCCUGCUGCGCACCAAGAUCGAGGCCGGGGAGGGCACCAUUCCCCUCAGGCUGGGACCCGUGAUGCAGACCUGGGACGGGGUGCUGCACGGCCAGCAGCGCCUGCUGACCAUGUCGUGCUCGGACAAACUGGCCCGCUGGAACGUGCUGGGGCUGCAGGGCUCGCUGCUGUCCCUGUUCAUGGAGCCCGUGUACCUGGAGAGUGUGGUGCUGGGCUCCCUGUACCACCCGGGGCACAUGCAGAGGGCCAUGUGGGGCCGCCUGGAGGCACAGCUGGCCCUGGACGAGGGGGGCCCCUUCCAGCUGCACCGGCCCCUGCUCGGGGCCAUCAGCAGCCCAGAGUCGCGACAGGUGAACAAGUCUCCAAACUUCAGUAUCAACUGGACCGUUGGCUGCGAGGGCCCCGAGGUGGUGAACGCGAGCACGGGCAAGGCGGAGGACGGCCAGGUCUCGCGGCUGUCCAAGCGCAGCCUCUUCGCCCGCUUCUGCCGCCUCUGGGGCCGCGUGGCGGCCAUGGAGUCUCAGGACCCCGCACAGCCGCCCCGGCUCUACGCCGACGCCAAGAAGUCUGCCGGCUUGUACCAGGAAGCCAAGGCCAAGGUCAGCGAGGCCUUCAGCGCCUCGGGCCUCGGAACCUGGGUGUCCAAGCCCAUUGAGGCUGACGAGUUUGAGCUCGUCUUCUGAGUUCCCCCCUCACCCCUGCGCCUCGUCCCUGUGGCCCCUUGUCCCCGUCGCGUGUCGCGGGUCUGCCUCUCGGGGACUUUGGGUUACCUAGAGUCACUCUGGCUAACCGAGAGUUACCCAGAGUUGCCCCUCGGCAACUCCGGGUCACUUCGGGUUGCCCACAGUUGCCCCUCAGCAAUUCUGGGUCACUUUGGGUGGCCCAGAGUUCCUGGGAGUUGGCCAUGGUUACCCCUCUGUGUUUCUGGGUCACUUUGGGAAGCCGGGAGUUGCCCACGGGUGCCCCUCGGUGACUGGGUUGCUUUCGGCGACCCCAAAGUCGCCAAGAGUUACCCCGGAGCUUACGAGAGUUACCUAGAGUUCUCGAAAGUAAUGCUCUGGGUUAGCGCGAGUUACCGAGGAGGUACCUUACCCUCUCUAGGUGACCCUGCGCAUCGCCUCCAUAACAGAUGGAGACCAUUGGACUGUGAAUGUCAUCGACGGUGGAAUGAGGAACGAUUCUAUUGUGUUCCUCGCUUCGUCUAAUUUUGUUCCAUCGCAAGCUGUUGAUUGGUCACCUUUUUUUUUUUGUUUGCCUCUGACGUAUUCUGCAUUAUUUCUUUUUAAAUGGGAUUUAAAUUUUUAUGGCCAUGCUUGUCUUGUACACCAGUUGUGUUUUUGUUAGCUGCCUGGGAUUUGUAUUGUUCCUGCUCUCUUUGGAUAGAGCCAGACUGAUGAGCAAUUUUCUUUCUGUUUUGCGAGACUAAGGGGGGUUUUCCUUUAUUUUUCUUCACUCAUCAUUUUAUCUGAGCUCAGGCUGAGGCUUCCCAUGGAACACCCAGCCCCUGUAAAUGCUGCAUCAGAUUAGCCGCGGCUGGACAAAGUCCUUGUGUUAUCGCUGAAACGGCACCGCGCUACAAACGAGCGAGACUUGUCUCGGUGAAACAUCCAGACAUCCUUGGUCUUCUCUCUUCUCACUCUCUCCCCUAAAUUGCAUUCCAGAAGAAUUCUACUAACGGGCACCCUGGUGUUGCAAGUACAUUGGAGAAUACUUGGAACCACUUUACAUUAUGCAAGUGAUAGGUACUCUUGGGAUCUUUUGUUUUUGUUUGAUUCCUCCUCUGGAUGUCGGUAGUUCUUUGUAUGCGUUGGGGAAUUUCUUUUUUUAAUUUUAUGAUCAUCCAGAGUGUCUGACAAGAAGGACUUUAAGCUUUUUUUUCUUUUUGUGGUACUACUCAUUGUAUCUUGGGACAUUCUGCAGGAUGUGCAUGUGUAAUGAUGCAUACUUGCCCCUUCAUAGAAGUGUCGGCUUCGCUGCAUCCAGGUGACAACUCUGCCUAAUGGACAAAGUUCACACUGAAUCUAGCACAUUUUUGCUUUUUUCUCGAUAGACAUCUCCCCAAAAGUAUAUAGCCUCUACCUCUAAUUUGCUGCUUGGUUUUAUUUUUUUAUAAAUUUGCCAAAACGCGUUAAAAUUUCAUUUUCCAAGUAGGUUUUUCAUGUUCAAUCAGCCCUGGGCAACCCAGUGGUGUACCAGAGCACGUUCACUUAAAUUUGUCUACAUUUGAAGCUUUCCAGGAUGACACACUUACGAUGUCCGUUUGUUUAAUUUUUUUUCUGCACAGAGUUUUUGAGGCACUUUCUAUUCAACAGGGACAAAAGCUGUAGCAUGCUUAUCAGGCUAUCAUCAAUCAAUGUAGAUGGUUGCAUCGUUGACAUGUCCCCAUUUUCACACUAUCUCAUGUAGCUUGCAUUACAUAGCAGAAAGAAUACCUGCGUCCGGUAAUUGUUAAACAGGUCUGAAAGGCAUUCUUCGACGUAGUGGUAGGUCUGUUUCAUCGCCCGCUGGUGUAGGCAGGCUUGCCGGCAUUGAUAGACAAGAUCACAGCUGUGGUUGUGAAACGUGCCACAAUCAGCUCAGAGAUUGCUUGAUUAGCAAUGGGCACCUUCACAAUUUUCCAAACGACUGUUAAGCUUGUCAAAGGAUGAUAACGAUGACCUUUCAUUCAUAUUCUUCAUCAAACGCUACUCCCCCCAACGGCCAUUGAAACAAAGACCUUGCCCACAAACCCAACAGGUUUUUGGAUGCUUGCGCACACUUGCCGUAGACGACAUCGCAUGUCGGUAGACUUUCUCUCCCAAUCUUCCCACCACUUUGUAUAACAGUGCUAGAGUAGCUUUUAAGCAUGCAUCCCAACAGAAUGAAGCGCUGCAUCUUCUCAUCAUAGCUUUGUCCACAUUCUUCCUACAUGUUAUGCGGCACGUCUACGUGCGACGCAAAGGGUGCUGGCCGAGUACGACGAGGGGAGUGGGCGUAACUGAGGCGUGUGUGACAGUGCACUUGGCCGGUUUCUAUUAACACGAAGCUAUCAGCGGUACCAACGACUUGUUCGUCGACUGUGUCUAGGGAAUUGUUGGUUUUUGUGUUGGCAUACUUCGUGUUUAGUUCUGGGUUCAUAAGCGACCAGUCAGAGGUGGUUGUCUGUAAAUAUCCGCUUUUCAAACACUUUGCAUUUGUGUCCUACAUCCUUGUAUAUAAAAUUCUUGCUUGGUGCACAUUAAAUUUGAUGCCUGGCA